UUUGCCUGUAUCUGCUUCUAAAUUGUAUACGAGAAAACACAAAGCAAGUGAAAUUGAAUAUUUUGAAAGAUAACAUAGCAUACUAGGUUCAAAAUGAGAUUUGUAGAGAAAAAGAUCCUUGAAGAAAGACUUCAACACUUCGUCGAGGAUUUAAACCCGGUGGAGUUGCUACCUUAUUUGAAAUGUCUGGUUGACACGGAUAAAGAAAAAAUCGAAUGUGACAGCAGAAAUGAUGGUGAAACACGAGCUACGCGAACUUUAGUUGAUCGACUAAAGAAGCGAGGAAACGAAGCAUUUACUGAGUUUGUGAGAGCUUUAAGAGAAACCGGCUGUGACCAUGUCGCCAUGCUUCUUGAUCCUCUUUAUAACGUUGCUCAGGGUCCUAUGGAGGAAGACUCCAAAGAUGAGUGCUCAACCCGGAUACGCACCAUGGGCACAGCAAUCGAUGUUCCAUUGCAAGCUCAUAUAACAGAUGAAGAUGGAAACAGAAUUUUGGAGCUGGAGAAAGAAAUUGCAAACACCUUUUCCAAGGCAAGAUCACAAGCAUCCAGAGAAAUAAGAAAGAAGUUUAGUGAGAAACUCCCCCAGGGUGCUACAUUUCUGCAUACCAAAAGUGGGUCCAUUGUAACCAUGUUUCGACUUUCCAAAGUAGAUGCUGCUGAAAGCUUGCUGGAGAUGUGCAAUGGUUCUCAGAUAGUCGAUAUUCUGACAGAGCUUCUUCUCACUAAUGAGAUUCGUGGCAAAGUGCCGGACAGAGAACCAAAGCUAACAUUGAACAUAACAAAGGAUUGGUUUUCACACGCAAAGAAAAAACUGGAAGUAAUAGAAUCUGGUCUGCGAAGUGGAAAGGAAUUUGAAAUUCAAAACUGCCAGGAUGAUGAGAAUUUCACAGAUGAUCUUCCCAAUUUCUACAUUCCCCCAGUUCUUCUUGAUGAUGGCAAAAGCCAGUCCGUGUUACCACUUGAUUUGCGAGGAUACCAAAAAGAGCUCUCAGAAAAGGCACUGGAAGGUCAUAACACUGUUAUAUGUGCUCCCACUAACAGUGGAAAGACUUAUGUUGCCCUGAACAUUGCCAGAAACCAUUUGGACAAGAAGAAAGAGCAAGAGCAAGAAGGCAAAGUUCUGUUCAUUGUGAGCACUGUGAAUCUUGUCCAGCAACAGACAGAGCGAUUCAAGUUAUAUCUCCAGGACAAGUACAUUGUCAAGGACAUCUCUGGCUCUAAUGGCUGUGACAUUCCACUCAGCGGGCUGUUGGGUAGUAGCCACGUGGUAGUGCUUACAGCUCAGAUCUUGGUUAAUGCAUUGAAAGAUGGAAGCUUGCAGCUGUCAUCUGUGAGUCUGCUUGUAUUUGAUGAGUGCCACCAUACACAAAAGGACCAUCCAUACAACAAGAUCAUGGAGAAUUACAUGACGCUUCGCCUGCAGCCGGCUCACAGCAUGCCUACUCCUCAGAUUGUCGGUUUGACCGCCUCGCUGGGUGUUGGGAAAGCUAAGAACACGUUAGAAGCACAGCAUCAUAUUCUAGAGGUGUGUGCAAAUAUGGAUGCUCAACACGUUGUCACAGUUCAAGAUGAGACAAACUUAGAAGAGCUGCGCCUACAUGUUGGAACACCACAGCGCACUGUCCACUCUGUCACAUGUGACCGAACGGAUGUGUUUGAGAGUGUUAUUGGAAAGGCCAUGGAACAGGUGGAGUUAUACGUCAAGGGAACCCCAGUCGACACUGAUAUGCCCCCAUCUGGGCGAGGCAGUCAGCAAUACCGUCACUGGUGCGAGACGCUGUACACACAGGGCAUCAAGCAGUCCAACCGCUACCUUGUCACAUACGCUGAGCAACUGCGUGUGUAUAACGUGGCGCUGACCAUCAAAGAUGCCACUCGUUCCAAGGACGCCAUGGCUCACCUAAGUAACUAUUUCAACCACCUUGACGAGGACCGCUUCACUGUCGUUGACCGCAAACUUAAGAAGAUUUAUGAGAAGGCGAUAGAGGCAAUCACUGAAGCAAUACAGCUGCAUGGUGAGCCAAGAAACCCUAAGCUGGUGAAACUACAGGAGUUGCUCCUUGAUUACCACAAGGGAGAGACUGAGUCAGGCCUUGAUCAUGCCAAAGGCAUUCUGUUCUCCAAGACUCGAGAGUCCACCAUUGCACUAGAGAAAUGGAUCAAAGAGACACCAGAACUAAGCCAGGAACUCAUGCCGCUAAGGCUUGUGGGUAACAGCGAUGGGCGAGGUGGGAUGACCCAGAGAGAGCAGGAAGAAGUGAUCGCCAAGUUCCGCGCCGGAAGUGAAUGCAACAUCAUCAUAGCCACCACUGUGGCCGAGGAGGGCCUGGACAUUGAUGAUUGUAGCUACGUCAUUCGCUACGACAUGAUGGGCAACGAGAUUUCAAGCGUACAGUCACGUGGUCGUGUGAGGACCAAGACAGGCGGGCAGUACAGCGUGGUAGUAGGGCAGACUUCUGGCGCGCUUGUACGCGAGCAAAGGAACCUCUACCGAGAGUCUCUCAUGGCUGAUGCAAUAGCUCGAGUGCAGAAGAUGGACACAGAGAAGCGAAGAAAACAGGUUGAGGCCCUACAAAGACUUACCGCUCGAGAGCGCAUGAGUAGAGAUUCACGAAAACGCGGGCUCAAGUCCACUUUUGACGCCAGUGACGUCACGCUUAACUGCCGCAAGUGUCACGUGUUCAUCUGCCAAGCGCACGAAAUAAAGCGCGUACGAGAUUCAUAUCACGUGACCAUUGCCGAUGAUUUCUCGGAAAGAGUUGAUACUGAGGAGAUUCCACCUGAACAUGUGAAGGUUUUUGACGGGUUUAUGUUCAACAAGAAGAUGAAAUGCAAGAAAUGUGCGGAACCCCUGGGCGCAAUGGUCAACUACAAAGGUAUGGAGCUUCCAUGUAUUAAGAUCGCUCAGUUCCAAGUGGCGAUUAUGCGCAACGGAAGACGAGAAUUUGCCACGUACAAGCAGUGGAAGAAAGUUCCCUUCGAGGUAGAGGAUAUGGAUUUCUGCGAGCUCCUGGAACUCAAGCUGUGCUGAAACACUACAACAUUCUGCUCUGGAGGAAUACUAGUGCAGAUGCGCUUGUAAAAGAGGCUUUCCUUCAGCUAGUAGCGAGCUGUUGAGUUUCAGAAUUUGUAAUUCCAGAAAGGAUCAACCGUCCCCUUUUCCACGGAGGAAUUGGAAAUUCCACAGUGAGGUCUUACAGUGCCGAUAUCUACGGGGGUGCAAAUCUUGUUUUUCCCAUCGAAAUGGAAUGACAGGAUCUUGAUCUCUUCUGAAAUAACAGAAUCCCGAGUAAUGCCCUAUUCUAAUUUGUUCGCGACAAUUGAGAUGUUCUUAGUGUAGUUACUCUACCGUGCUUGAACGCUGAAGAACGUUGCGCCUCUUUCUAGUCUGUCUUGUAUGCUCUAUAUAGGGAUAUCUCGCCUUUAUUUUGAUUAAAGUAAUGACAAUAAAAAGACAAUAAAAAAGG